ACGCCGGCUGGCUUUCACGAUAACAUGCAAUACAACAUGGCAGUCGUUGUAAGAAUAUUAGUAUUUGCUGCUAUUUUUGGUGCUGCCAACUGCGAGAUCACGGAAGAAUGGCCACCAAAUGCAGAAGUUCAUGAUUUCGAGGAGUUCGACUUCAUUAUAAUCGGCGCUGGUUCAGCCGGUAGUGUGGUCGCGAACCGACUCAGUGAGGUGGACCAAUGGAAAGUAUUGCUCAUUGAAGCUGGAAGUGAUCCACCGGUAGAGAGCAUUAUCCCUGGAUUAUAUUCCCGGUUAGAAAAAUCGGAAUAUGAUUGGAAUUACACUACAGUCAAUACCGGAAUAACUAAUCAAGCUAAUGUCAAUGAGGCUGUGCAUUGGCCGCGAGGAAAAAUGUUAGGAGGGUGUAGCAGCAUGAACGUGAUGAUAUAUGUAAAAGGCAAUGACGCUGACUUCCAACGGUGGUAUGACCAAGGAAAUAAGGAGUGGCAUCCUAAAAUUGUUCGUGAAUACCAAAAAAAAGCUGAAUCUUUCCAGAACCUAAAUGGACUAAAAAAUGUUGCAGUGAAAAACGCGUAUGGCCAAAAUGGACCUUUAGGUAUCAAUUAUUUUAACAGCACAUCCGAAGAGCUCACACAAGCAUUACUAGGUGCAUGGAAUGAAAUUGGUUUCAACACUGUUGCCGAUAUUAAUGAACGAAAUGUAUUAGGAGCCGGCCUUUACGGAGCAACAGCCGUAAACGGGCGCAGAGAGAGCACAGCAAAAGCCUACUUGAACCCAAUACAGAACCGAGAGAAUUUCAAAUUAUUAAAAAAUGCUUUGGUUACUAAAAUCAUAAUUGACGAAAUAAGUUUGGAAGCUAAGGGAGUGAAAGUGGAAAUGAACGAAACAAAAUUUAUUUUUUACGCUAAACGUGAAGUUAUUUUAAGUGCUGGAGCAAUCAAUACUCCCCAAUUACUAAUGUUAUCUGGUGUUGGUCCUAAACAUCACUUAAAAUCCAAAGGAAUUGCAAGUUUAGUAAACUCGCCGGCCGUAGGUCAAAAUCUUUUGGAUCAUAUUUACAUACCAGUUACAAUCUUCGGAAACCAACCUGAAGAAUUAGCCGCGAAUUAUAACGAACUUCAGUAUGAAAUUUACCUCAAAAAUAGCACAGGCUAUUUUGCUACAAAUACCAUACAAAAUGUACUUUCACUUUAUGGUCGAUCUAAAGAUUCAAAAUUUCCACAGUUUCAAAACCUUGUAGGUAUAUUUCCCAAAAAUGCAGACCAAGUAGAGACUUAUUUUAGAAGUCUGUACAAAUCUGAAGUAGCUGAUUCCAUCAUCGAAAAUAGUAAACAUAACGCUCUUUACUUGUAUCUUUUUCAUAAUUUGCAUCCUUAUUCGAAAGGAAAUAUAUCCCUUAGUACAAGUGAUCCGAAAGAUGCCCCUCUUAUAUACGCUAACUAUUUCGACGAUCCAAGAGAUUUGCAGGCUGCAUCAGAUGGGAUUCGAAUGUUGACCAAAAUAGUCAAUACUACAUUUUAUAGAUCCAUCAACGGAUUCUUGGGCAGGCUAAAUUGGCCAGCCUGUAACAGUUUCGAUCAUGACAGUGAUGAGUAUUGGAAGUGUGUAGCGAUUAAUAUGGUGUUGACUAUUUAUCAUCCCGUUGGCACUGCCCGCAUGGGUAUUUCACGUAAGACUGCAGUAGUGGAUAGUCGUCUUAAAGUGUAUGGUGUUCAUAAACUUCGAGUAAUAGACGCUAGCGUUAUGCCAACGUUAACAAGUGGUAACACAAAUGGACCAACAAUAAUGAUAGCAGAACGUGCAAGUGAUUUCAUAAAAGCAGAUAAUUUGCCUAAUUUCAAUGAAUCUUAGAAUUAAAGGGAACCUAAUAAUAUUUUUUCCAACACCUUCAUUUUUAUGAAUAUCACUGAAAUUUUAGCAGAUUCAUAUAUUAUGCUCCACUUUUUCAAUUGAGAAGACUGGCGCUUCUUACGUUAUUCCGGCAUUUUCUACGGGUCAUGGGAGUUAGUUUAUGUACGUUAAGUAUUAAAAUAAUUCAAAAGUUAUGGACGGAUAAAUUAUCCAUGAAUAUUGUAGUAUAUUUUAGCACGAUUAGAUUUCGUUUUGUAAAUAACUAAUAAAUUAAUUUAUUUAA